AUAGUGCUCUGACGGAGGGAGUAUUUAUUGAAUUCAAAAACUACCACAUUUUUUUUUUCACAUCGUCGUGUAAACGAGGGGGUAAAAGUCAAUGGACUCUCCUCCCUUUUACUACUCCGUAUAAAACAACGAGAGAGCCAACUUUCUUCUCCCCAUCUCUGUGAUAAUGGAGGCUCUGUUCCAAGAAUUCAUAGCCACAUCAAAUAACUUCGUCUACAACCACCACUCGAAUAACCCAGUGGAUUCCCAGAUGCGAUUCUUCAAUAAUGCCAAUCUUCUCCUCCAGAUGAAGAAACCUCCUGCUCAUCAUCAACCCCAAGAAACAGAGGAGGAAGGCGACUACCCUGCUACGACCCUCAAGUACAUAAGCCAGAUGCUGAUGGAGGAAGAGGACCUGGAGACCCGGCCUUGCAUGUUCAGGGACUGUAUGGCUCUCCAGGCCACCGAGAAGUACUUCUCCGAUGCUCUCAACGGCACCGCCGCCGGCGUCAUUCCUCUUCCGCCGCCGGACGGGUUCUCCUGGACCAGUGCUCUGACCAACUCCUCCUCUUCCGUUGAACCUUCCUCCGAUUUGAGUCCCCCCGCCGCCAAUGGUUCCCCCGAGGGGAAGGGGAAAAGGAACCUCAAUUCCCCCUCUUCUUCUUCUUCGUCGGACAAUGAUCAAGAGCCCAGGAACAAGCAAUUGGCGAGUUACUCCGACGAAUCCGAGGUCGCGUUCGAGAUGUUCGACGAUUUGUUUCCCUGUACCAAGAAAGACCCGAGGUCUGAACCAUCACAGCAGAGGGAGCAAUCCAAGGGGGGAAGAGGAGGAGGAAGAAGAGGGAAGAAGAAAACGAAACAGGAAUUCGUGGAUUUCAGAAGCUUACUGAGCCAAUGUGCAAACUCCAUGGCGAAUCGAGAAAUCAGGACAGCCAUGGGGACUCUGCAGAAGAUCAGGCAGCACGCCACUCCUCAGGGCAAUGGAAUGGAAAGGUUGGCGUUUUACCUCGCGAACGCCCUCGACGCCCGCCUGAACGGGACGGGAACGUCGCUCUACGCGUCUCCCCAUCCCGGCGGCAAUAUAUCAGCGGCGGACGUCUUGAAGGCUUAUCAGAUGUAUAUCGCCGCCAGCCCUUUUAAGACCGCCUCUGCCAUGAUGGCCAACAAGUAUAUCGGGAAGCUUGCGGCCGCCAGAGGAGCAGCCAGGCUGCACAUAAUUGAUUUCGGAAUUCUGUAUGGUUUUCAAUGGGCGUGUCUGAUCCAAGGUCUCUCGGCGAGGCCCGGUGGCCCCCCGAGACUCCGUAUUACCGGGAUAGACUUUCCCCAGCCCGGUUUCCGACCCGCGGAGCGGGUCAAAGCCACCGGGCUUCGCCUCGAGAAGUACUGCAGGAAGUUCAACGUCCCGUUCGAGUUCAAGGCGAUUGCGAAGAAAUGGGAGAGCGUAGAGCUCGCAGAGCUCCAGCUAGAUCGGGACGACGACGUGGUAAUUGUCAACUGCUUGGACCGGCUCGGGAACGUGCCCGACGAGACGGUGGUGCUGGACAGCCCAAGGGACAUUGUCCUCAGCCUGAUCAAGCACAUCAACCCAGACGUGUUCGUCCACGGGAUCGUAAACGGGGCAUACAACGCCCCGUAUUUCCCCACGCGGUUCCGGGAGACGCUCUUCCACUUCUCCUCGCUCUUCGACAUAUUCGAAGAGACGGUGGCGCGCGAAGACGGUGACAGGCGGCUCUUUGAGGAGAUGGUGUUCGGGAGAGAAGCCCUGAAUGUGAUAGCCUGUGAAGGAACGGAGAGAGUUGAGAGGCCGGAGACGUAUAAGCAAUGGCAAGUUAGAAGCCUUAGGGCUGGGUUCCGGCCGCUGCCGCUGGAUCAAGAGAUCGUCAAGUGUGUGAGGGAGAAGGUGAAAUCAGAGUACAACAAGAACUUCUCGGUGGAUGAAGACGGGAACUGGUUGUUGCAUGGAUGGAAGGGGAAGGUUCUUCAUGCUCUGUCCUAUUGGAAGCCUUAGUAACUAGUGGAUAUUUUCUUUGUUUUAAUCCAUUGUAAGUUAAUAAUAUGAACUCUUUUUUUUUGGUUAAUCAACUUAUCAUGAGUGA